AUGUAUCUCUGGUCGAUGCUGGGCUUUACAAGCCUGGCAUUUGCUCAGAGCUGCGUGGCCACAUUUUCAUCUUCAUCGACCGUUGUCCAGGCGGCUGCUACAACACUGUCGACAUCGACUGCAGCAGUGGCUACUGCGUCUACUACCGAGGUGUUGGUUGCGACGGAUGCCAGCGGCCAGUUCACGGCCAUCAAUGAUGCCAUUUCCUACGCCCAGUCCAUGGGCAUCCCAACUGUGACAGUCAAGGCCGGAACAUACACCCAGGCAGUGACGGUGUCCGCUACUGCUACCGUCACGGUCAUUGGCGAGUCGACCAGCGAAAGUGACUAUAGCCAGAAUCAAGUUACCAUCGCGACUACUAGCCCUCUCACUAUCUCUGCGAAUGUCCUUGCCAUUGCCUUCCGCAAUAUCAACUUUGUCAACACGGCCACCGGUAACUAUGGUGCAGCAACUCUGAGCGGCAGCCAGAAUGCCUUCUAUGGUUGUCAGUUUGUUUCCGCAGGCAGUGUCGGUAUUACAGCACAGCCGGGUCUUGCAGUGAUUGCGAACAGCUACAUUGAGGCUCUCGAUAAGGUCAUCUAUGGCUACCCCAGUCUGUACCUUUAUAACACUACUGUCGUUCCGGUGCAUUCAAAUGCCUUGCUCGUGUACAACAAAGGGCUUACUGCCAAUUCGGUGUUCUCCAACUCCACCGUGGUUUUUGACUCCUGCUCUGUGCAGCAGAAGUCCGGUGGCAGUGCUCAGAAUGUCUAUCUCGCUGCUGCAAAUGGACAGGGAUCUGUGGUGGUAUAUCGCGGCACCGCACUCGGCGGAUUCAUUGCGGCGUCUGGCGUUCACGUCGAUUCGACCACCAAUAAUGCGCUGAACUUCUACGGCGAGUAUAAAAACACUGGCUUGGGUUCGUAUGGCAGCAAUAGUGCGGCGCGCUCCCCCUACGUCUCUCUUUUGAGCGCCGCCGACCUGGCACGGUUCUCCCUUGCGCAAGUAUUUGCCAGCGCCAACGCUCAAUUUGCAACGACCAGCACCGACUGGGUCGAUAGUGACGUGGUGGCCGCAAUUGAAAGUGCCGACGCUGCCCAACUGACAGCAGCCACGAGUGUGACCACCUCGUCGUCUACCGUAUCUGCUUCCAGUACAGCAGUGUCGUCCAGUAUCGCCUCCGCUACCAGCGCCGCAGCAACGAGCUCAGCAACUUUGGUAGUGUCUCCAAACGCGUCUGCAGGACAAUAUCGCAAUGUCAGCGCGGCAAUUGCUGCGUUGCCUAACGACGGUAAUGAUUACACGAUUUACAUCUUGGCUGGUACCUAUACAGAGCAGAUCUCGAUCACCCGAUAUGGCAAAGUCACACUACGUGGCGAGACCGCGUUCGAGAACGAUUACACCCAAAAUCUUGUCACGAUCGAGUACGCCGCCGGCGCGUUAACGAGCGCUGGGCAAGAUGAAAGCACGCCCGUCCUGAACGUCAAGAAGACAGACGGCAGCGGCCUAGCCCUGUACAACAUCAAUUUCCACAAUACUUAUAAGCAGACACGGAACACUGCAGCUCUGGCGGCUGAUUUCUACGGUACCGAGAUGGCGGCCUAUGGCUGCUCGUUUAUCGGAUACCAGGACACUCUGUUGGCAAACCAGGGCACUCAAGUCUUCUCCAAUUGCUAUAUCGAGGGCUCGAUUGACUUUAUCUGGGGAUACUCAACCGGAUAUUUCCACCAGUGCUAUAUCGCCACCAAUACGCCCGGGUCGUGCAUUUCAGCACAGAGCCGUACUUCCUCGACCGCGUCUGGUGGAUACGUUUUCGACACUUGCUAUGUUACCUACACUGACAGCUACGGUUCUACGUAUGGCCAGAGUUACCUGGGCCGGCCGUAUUCGGAGUAUAGCAUUGCUGUCUACAUGAACUCGUACCUGGACAAGCAUAUCAGUGCUCUGGGCUGGCAAAAAUGGUCCACCAGCCAACCUAAUACCGAGUAUGUGACCUUUGGCGAAUACAACAACUCAGGCCCCGGCGCCUGGUCCUCGGAGAGAGUUUCUUUCGCCACAAACUUGACUGCCGCGGAGGCGGCAUCGUAUACCCUGUCGGCAUGGAUUGGUGACACCUCCUGGUUGGAUAUGGCGGCCUACGACUCCGUGCCUUCGUACAACCUGACUGGGUCGUCAACUUCCUCGUCUAGCUCCGGAGCCAACUGGACUCACCCUACUAGUGGCACUGUUCCUCCCUCUGGCGCGGUUCUUGUCUCGCCCGGUGGAUCGGUGAAUGGCUCGUAUAGCAAUCUGACAGAUGCCCUGGCCUCGUUACCGGAUGACUCCUCGACACAGAUCAUCUUCAUGUAUGCUGGCUCUUACAACGAGCAGGUGCCUUCAAUCAACCGCGAUGGACCGGUCAUGAUCAUUGGCUAUCAGACGGGGAAUCCUGGCCAGAACUACACGAGUAAUGAGGUCACGAUUACUUUCUCGCAUGGGUUGUCCGUUAGCCCUCUGCCAGUCGGCCAUUCGGAUGCCGAGACGGCCACCUUCUCGACGACUAGCAACCAGAUUGCCCUAUAUAACAUUAAUAUCAUCAACUCGGCCAAUCUAGAUGGGGCUACUCCAUCAUAUGUAACUCUCGCUGCCUCGAUUUACGGCUCGGAGAUUGGCUUCUACGGUUGCAGCUUCAUCGGCUGGCAAGACACCCUGUUGACCGGCAGCACCACGGGAUAUCAAUACUAUGAAUCUUGUUACAUCGAAGGUGCUAUUGACUUUAUCUGGGGAUACUCCAUGGCCUACUUCAAGGGCUGCACUAUCGGCGCCAAACGCCAGAAAUCCGCCAUCACUGCACAAAGUCGCGCCUCGUCCAGUGCUCUUGGUGGCUAUGUUUUCGACCAGUGCCUGUUCGAGUCCGCCCCGGACGCAACGGUUGAUCUGACGCAAAGCGUUUAUCUCGGCCGACCAUACUCGGAAUACGCUCUGGUAGUCGUGAAGAACUCGUAUCUUACCGAUACCAUCAACCCCGCAGGAUGGAAGGUCUGGAGUACGCACGAUGCUCGCACCGACCAUGUCACAUUUGCCGAGUACAACAACUCUGGCCCUAGCAAUUGGGAAAGCAAUGCCGCGGCACGUGAAGCCUUUGGCUACUCCACGUUGCUGACCUCGGAUACGUACCCGUUGGCGGGGGUCAUGGGCUCGACUGAUUGGAUUGAUAUGACCUACUGGGACAGCAUUGUGACCCCGGAGCCGGCCUCAACUACCACUACCUCCAAUUCCACCACCGCCUACAAUGGAACCACUCCUCCUGCGGGCGCUUACGUCGUCUCCAAAACAGCCAUCACCAAUGUCACCACUUACGGUACCAUCCAGGACGCUCUCAAUGCGUUGCCAACUUCGAGCAAGGAGACCCCCGUGGUCUUCAUUUACCCGGGCACGUAUGAGGAGCAGCUGGUCGUCAAUCGAUCCGGUACGACAAUCUUCAUGGGAUACUCCAACAACACCUCCGAUGCCGCGAGCAAUCUAGUGACCAUCCAAUACAAUGCCGGGGUGAGCACACAGACAGGCCAAUCGGAUUCGGAUAGCGCUACUGUUUAUGCUACCGGGAAUUACUUCAAGGCUAUGAAUAUCAAUUUUGUCAACAAUUUUGGAAGAACCACAAACAUUGCCUCGCUGGGAUUCGCGGUGAGGUCUAGCAAGUAUGCUUCCCUAUACGGCUGCCAGGUGAUCGGAAACCAAGACGCGCUGUUGGUAAACGGAUACCUUUUUGCCAGUCAUAGUUACGUCGAAGGCAAUGUCGAUAUGAUCUGGGGCUCCGGUGCGGGUUACCUCCUGAACUCGACCAUCUCUCCCAACGAAGACGGCAUCAGCAUUACAGCCGACAAGCGGAAAACGAACACCACCGCUGGUGGAUUCGUGCUUGACCAGUGCACUGUCAAACCCGCCGCAUCUGUCACCGGCAGUCUCUCUAAAAUCUCCCUCGGACGGCCAUGGAACAACUACGCACGGGUUGCCUACGUCCGCUCAUAUCUGGCUUCCUGUGUCGAGGCCGCCGGGUGGGACGUGUGGUCGACCAAAAGCCCGCAGACAGAUGGUGUGCUCUUUGGCGAAUACCAGAACUACGGUCCCGGAGCUUCAACCGCGAAUCGUGCGUCCUUUGUGACGAUGCUGGACAACAGCACCGUGGCGCAGUUCGAGCUGACUUCUUUCUUCGCAUCCACCUCAUGGAUCGACUUUACGCUCGUUGAGGGCACUCCCUUCGUGCCGGGUUCAUGGACCACCAAUACUACUACUACCACCAGCAUCACCGCGUCGUCCACCCCGGUCCCAAGUGCUGCCUGGACCACAGUGGUGACCGUCACCGACAAGGCUACCGCGUACACAACCUAUACCCCUGCUCACGUAACGUCAACGGACAUGGUCACCACGACCGAUGACAUCGGUACCACCGUGACUCCAUCCGCGUCGUUCAAGACCGUAGUGCAGAAGACAACGAUCUCGACGACUGUGACCAUUACGGAGCCGACUGUGACCAGCACCAAGACCACCAUCAUUACCAAUAAUGAUAUGGUCACUAUCACUCCUGCCGCCGAAACCAAGACCAGCAAAGUCAAGGGCAAAACCACCGUGCUCGCCACUGAGACCGAGGCCGAUAUCACAUCCACCAUCAAGGCGACAUCGACUUCGUUUGAGGUGGUGACCGCCACAGCCAAACCCGUAACCACUACCGACAUGGUGACCUCUACAACGACUAGCCUCAAGACGGAGAUCCCACGCGGGGCGAAGACCACUGUGUAUACCACCAUCACCGAGGGCGACAGCGGUACCAAGACGGUGAGAGCAAAGGACACCACCACCACCGUCGCGGUGACGUCCACCGAGACUACCACCAAGACCGUCAAGACUACCAUCCACUGCUACCCCACGCAAGCUAAACGAGCCCUGGUCAUGGCGCGCGCCAUCAUUCCCACUAGUUCGACGGUCACGCAGUAUUCCACCGUGACCGUCACCGUCAGCACUUCAACCGUCACUGCAGUCCCUACGACGGACUACGUGACGGUGACUUCGACCAAGACCACGGGUAAGACCACGACGCUCAAGGCCGCAACCAGCACCAUCACCAGCGUCGCCGCCACCACCAAGGUCUCCACGGAAACCAUCCGCGCCGUCACGGCCUUUGUGACGGAAACCAGCACCAAGACCGUGGGCAAGACGACCACCCUGAAGCCUAGCACCACAAUCGACACCAUCACGGCGAUGGAAACCGUCACCUCCAAGGUCAAAGUCCCUGGCCAGACUCACACGGUCACCAGCGUGAAGACCAAGGCUGUCAAAUCCACCACCAUGCUACCGCGCAGCACCGUGACGGUGUCCAAGACCGUCAUGAAGACCCUGAAGCAGACGACCACGCACCCGGCUUCAACCAGCACCAUCUUCAAGACCACGACGGUGACCCUGGCGCCGUCGGUGACGAUUACUUCGCGUGGCACCAAAACGAAGACCGAGAUCCUCAAAACCAAGGUCACCGAGACCUACACGCAGACUAAAACGGCCAAGGGCGCCAAAGCCUGCGCGACGAACUAG